UUUCUCUCAUCGAAAGUGGCAAAACAAUUUUUUUUUUUUCUCUUCAUCAUGGAUAACAUGACAUUUGGCAAUCAAAAAUUUAAAAUUGAAAAUGGAAUUUUAAAAGGACAGGAAGUAUCAGUUGACGUUGGUGACGCCGAUGUUGGAAAAGAAGUGUUACAAACUCUAAUUAAUAAUCCCGAUUUUGUGUGUCUGAUAGAUGCAGUCACAGGUGAAGAGUGCACUUUCAAAAGAAUGGCAGACGAAAGUGUUAAAUGCGCGUUAUGGUUGAGAAAAGAAGGAAUGAAACUUGGCGAUGCAGUUUGUGUUUUUACUCAUAAUCAUUUAAACACUUAUAUUCCCUGCCUUGCAACAUUAUUUAAUAGAGGAAUUUUAUGUCCCUCAUUUUCUGGACACACUAUUGAAAAUUUGCAAUAUAUUUUGGAAUUAAUAAAACCAAAAUUCAUUUUUGCCAAUGAAAGAGAGGCAAUUUUAAUUGAUAAAAUUGUAAAUGAUAAAAAAUGGAAUAUAAAAAUUGUGACAUUUGAAAAAAUUGAAAAAUUCAUUACAAUUGAAGAAAUUUGUGAUGAGAAAUUAAUUAAUACAUGUGAAAUUAAUGAAUUUUCAUGUAUUAAACCAAAUAGUUCGGAUGAUAGUUGUUUUUUAAUUUUUACAUCUGGCUCAUCGGGUGAACCAAAGCCAACAUUACAUUUAUAUCGUUCAGUUAUGAAUACAAUGUUAACGUGUUUGAAAAUAAAAAAUUCUGAACGCAAUAUAUCAUUAAAUAGUUCACCACUUGGUUGGGUAACGGGUACUGUUAAUACAAUUCUCGAUCCAUUGUCAUUUUCAAAAAAAAUUAUUAUUCACGAAAAAGGACAUGAACCAGAGGAAAUUUUUAAAUUCAUCGAAAAAUACAAGGUGACAAAUUUAGUUUUAGGCUUAGAUAUGAUUUAUAAAUGUUACAAAGUAAAAAAUUGGAGGGAUUAUGAUUUAUCGUCAAUUAAACGAAUGUCGAUUGGCGGAACGAAAUUAAAUACAAAAGUAAUUGAAUUUUUUCAAGAAAUUUUUCCAAACGGCAAUAUACAAUUUGGAUAUGGUUCAACUGAAUUGCUAUUAAUUGCAUUUAAAACUCUGAUAAAUAAAGAAAAUUUGGAAACAUGUGGUUUUAUAAUUCCCGGUGUACAAGUGAAAGUAAUAAAUCCUCAAAAUGGAAAUAUUUUACAACCAAAUGAAACUGGUGAAUUAUGUUUUAAAACACCAUUUAUGAUGAAAGAAUAUUAUAAUAAUCCUGAGGCAACAAAAAUUGCAAUUGACGACGAAGGUUGGUAUCAUUCAAAAGAUUUGGGUUACUUUGAUGAAAAUGGAUACGGCUAUAUUGCUGGUAGAAAAACAAAUUUAUCAAUAAUCGAUGAAAAUAAUUCAAUUCAUUGGGAAAUUGAACGUAUUUUAUUAUUAAAUGCAAGUGUCGUUGAAGUUGCAACAAUUUCAAAUUCAAAAUGUAAAAAUUUAAAAAUUUUCGCUUUUGUCACAAUUGUACCAGGUUCUAAGGUAACGGAAAAGGAAUUAUCGGAUAUGAUAAAAUUUCUCGGCAUAAAGAAACUUGAGGUAACUGUAAAAGUUUUAGAAUCCCUGCCACUUACAUAUAAUGGAAAAAUAAAAAUGGAAAUUUUGAGGAAAAUGACUGAAAGCAUGUGAAAUUAUUUUUCAAAGUAUUAAAUUUGAAAAAAAAGUAUUAAAAUAGUUAAAAAGAAAAAUAGAAACAUUACAAAAUAAUAGAAAAUUUGUCAA